GUCAGUUAUUUCAAAAUAAUUUGUUGAGUGUAGUUUUGGUUUAUGUCCGUUAAUAUAAUUUGUUUUUCACGGUUUUUUCACUUGCCUUUCACUGCAAAACUACCGAAUGAGUUCUGAAAAUAACUUCAUAACUACCUCCACCAAAAAAUGGACUUAUGUGCCCAGAAAAUUUACAAAUUUACCGCGUAUUGAUAUCGACCAGAUUCGAAAGCAGUUGAUACAGGCAGCCAAAGAGGAGUCCAAUGAAUCUGAUCAUGAAGAGAGUCAGAGUAAUGUGGGCAGCCCUAUUACGGAAUGCAAUAAAUUAACCCAAAAACAAUUACACGAAGAAUAUAUCAGUGGGAUUACCGAAAACAAAGAAAAUGUUGGCACCCAGCCUUUUGACAUUUGUUUAACCAAAAAUGGAGAAACAAAGCAAAAUGACAGCUUUGAUUUAGACUUUUCAGCAUUGAAGAUUUGCACCCCUGAAAAACAUAAAGAUCUCCCAUUUAGCAUAGUUACACCAAAAAUUAAUAUUAUAGUUCCAUUGGAGAGCGCUUCAGCAAAAAAACCCUGCGACACACCUAAAACUAUUGGAGCUACAAUAAACAAUCAUUUCAUCAUCAGUAAUAAAAAAUCAGUGUUUAAAACCCCACAAAAUAAACCACCAAUUGGUGCGUAUUCUGGAAGCAAGCAAAUCACUCCAUAUCAAAGGCUCAAAAAAUCCACCCCUCUGUUUUGCAGAACUAUUUCCGAAUGUGAGGAGAGGGGUAAUCAAAUGACAGUUCAAAACAUUGAAUAUUUUGUAAUGAAUCUGCUGGGUCGAGGCGCUAGUUCUGAAGUGUAUCAUUGUUAUGAUCCAGUUAAUGAGGUUCAUGUGGCUAUCAAGUGUGUGUUGUUGUUGAAUCCGGACACUGCGGCAGGCUAUAUCAAUGAAGCUAAGUUGUUAGAGUCAUUGCAAAAUUGUGAACGUAUAAUCAAGAUGUACGAUUACGAAAUCAUCGACAACGAAAAACUGCUGAUGGUGUUGGAGAUAGGGGAUGAAGAUUUGCACUCCAUCUUGAAGAACUUCAGCACUCGGCAAUGCCAUUUACCAGCCCAUCUGAUUCUGUUCUAUUGGAUGGAAAUGCUAUAUGCCGUUCAACAGAUCCACAAGCACGGCGUCAUCCAUUCCGACUUAAAGCCGGCGAACUUCCUUAAAACCGAAUACGGCUUGAAACUGAUCGAUUUCGGCAUCGCUAGCAGGGUACAGGGCGACAUGACUUGCGUGUAUAAAUCUUGCCAGGAGGGUUCUUCAAACUAUAUCAGUCCAGAAGCGUUGCUUCAGGCUAGGAAUGCAGAUAGUCCCUUUAGCGAGAAGUGCAAGUACAAAGUGCACUUUAAGUCGGACGUGUGGUCUUUGGGAUGCAUAUUAUACCAGCUGGUCUACCGCAGUACCCCGUUUCAGCAGAUAAAUCCCCUGUGGGCCAAACUUUCUGCAAUCACCAAUCCAAAUCACAGGAUCGAGUAUCCCGAUGCUGAAUGGGUGUCGCCUCACAUUGUGAACACGAUCAGAAGGUGUUUGCAGUACAACAUCGGAGCGAGACCGUCGGUGAACGAGUUGAUAGACGAGUAUGAAUCGUUGUUAAAGCGGAUCUGAACCAAAUUGAGUCAAAUCUAAACACAGAGCCAACUACGCUGAUGAAAAUAAAGGAAGCUAUUAACUCCCUGUAAAACAAUCGUCCCCAUCAUUGAGCCAGAAGUCGUAGAACUCACUAAUAAUGUUUUGCAAACUGGAAAAUAUUCCAAAGAACUCAAAAUAAUUGAAGUCAUCUCUCUGCUUCAAAAUGUAAACUUGUUGUAUUAGGAGUGGGAUUAAUAAUUGGUAUAAAAAAUAUAAUUUUUCUACUCCCUUCUGUAAAAUACCUAAUUACCUAUCGAUCUAGAGUACGGGAAGCGUCACUUUACCACGUUUGGUUUCCCACGAAUCCGAGCCACUUCGGACAUUUCCGGGAUUUUACCGCACGGAUUUGGGAGCAAUCGGAUGUUUUCGGAGAUAUUUCCCACGCUCUGAAUUUUAACGUUUGUCAAUUCUGACGGUCAUGUCAGUGUUGUUUUGCGAAAAUGUAUCCAAAAACUAACGGUCGUAGAAAAAGUAUAUUAUGCGACACGUUCGGUAAACUUUUUAACUCACUCAUUUAUUAAAAACUCGUAAGUCAAAUGCCGUUUACCGCACUUGUGGCAUAAUAUACUAUUUCUUCUUAGAAGUUUUUUG